GAAUUAUACCUACACCCCGUGACCACGCGGCCGUUCGGUCCUCCCUAUCCAGUCUCCUCCCCUUAUCUGUUUCCCUUCUUCCCCUCCUCCCUUCGACCAAGACCUCGAACUCAACCCAAGAAAUGGGCCAAGAAGAACCCGCCAAAGCCGUGGACAAAGUAGAACGAGACGAAGGAAGAGAAGGAGAAGAUAAAGAGAGAGAGGAGGAGGAGGCGUGCUGCGACUUCUGCGGCGAGGCGAAGCCUCUGGUCUACUGCCGGGCGGACGAUGCGAGGCUCUGCCUCCACUGCGACCGCCAGGUCCACGCCGCCAACUCCGUCUGCUCGCGCCACCCCCGCUCCCUCCUCUGCGACUCCUGCCGCGCCGCCGCCUCCUCCAUCUUCUGCCCCUCCCACCGCCGCCUCCUCUGCACCAACUGCGAUUUCGACGCCCACCGGGCCGGCGGAGUCGUCCAUCAGGACCGCCGCCCCGUCGAGAGCUUCUCCGGGUGCCCGACGGCGGCGGAGCUUGUUGCCGUUCUUGGGGUCGGCGGGGAUGUGAAGUCGGUGGUGGAGGGUGCGGGUGAUGAUGGUGGUGGCGGGUGGUUGGGGGAUGAGGGAUGGAUGUGGGAGACGCCGCCGGUGUUCAGUCUCGAUGAUCUUAUCGUGCCGACGACUUCUUGCCAUGGAUUCCAAGCUAUAGGGAUUCCCCCUUUGCCCAAGGACCGGAAUUCAACAUGUGGAAAACAUAAGGAAGAGAUAGUCCGGCAGCUUCAUGAACUUAUUAAGAAUGAAAUCCAUGUGAUAAAUGAUUAUGAAGAUCUUGAACAAGUUAUGACAUUCCAGACCCUGGCACCACAACAAAAUUUUCAACUGGGUAAUUUGAGUUCUGAUGUUGAUCAUGAUGGAACAUGCAUAGUUGUACCUGCUUGUGAGGAUAAUACACUUCAAUGGAAACACAGUGAUUGUCAAGAGACAACUGAUAAAUUGGCAGCAGUAUUUCCUUAUGAACAAUAUAUAGGAGACUCCUCUAUGGUAAACUUGUUAUCUGUUGGUGAGACUACAGACAAUCAAGCACAUGCAAACGAAGCCAAUGUUGCUGAGCCGGACACAGGGCAUACUGUUAGUAGACAAAACUUACCAUCAUUACCACUUAAGAGUGGAAAUGAGCAUGCUUUCGUCAACCGUGACUCUGUUAUCUCAAGAUACAAGGAGAAGAGAAAGACAAGGAGAUAUGAGAAACUUAUACGGUAUGAAUCACGAAAGCUUCGGGCUGAUAGAAGGAUGAGGAUCAAGGGGCGGUUCGCUAAGGCAAAUGAAGUCACACAAUUGGAAAAGGAUCAAACACCUAAGCUAGGAGACUAAACUUUCCUCGUUGGAGCAUGUACACUGGCACAACUCUCGCUUGUUCUUUAGCCAACUCCCAACCCAAUCAUCUUGCGAGAGUUACAAUGUGAACUAGCUUAUAGGCAGUAUUGUGAUGGUGGUUUACCGUCUCAUGUAGGCAAAACUGUGUUUAAUAUGUUACACAUUAAAAUGUAGAAUGAUGCUAUAACUAAGUGCGGUUGCUGUAAGUAGAAGAACAGCAUUUUUUUUUUCUUGAUGAAAAAUAAUGCUAUACCUGGAAGUGAGAUUAUCCGAACUUUUAUGUAAUGUAAGUCCAUUUACUUUUUGUAUCUAAAA